AUGGGUUUCCAGGACGACAUACCAGAGGAUGAUAAAAAGGCUAAAAAGCUGCUGGCAGAAGCAUGUGAGAAGGAAGGGCUGGAUUGUGCGUACUGGCUCCCCAAACUGUCCCAGAAGCUGGGUGUCAAGUCCAGAGAAGCCCUGAAACACCUGCAGUACGAAGACUACCUGGAGCUGGAGUGCGAAGUACGGUACCGCUGGGAAAAACAGGCGCUCCAGAAACUCCUGGAACUAACAGAGAACAAAGGAAGAUUUGAGAAGCUGCAGAAGGAGUGCUUGGUGUAUAUCCCAGUGUGGGAUAUAAUCCUCUUCAAUUCUAGAAAUGACUUUAGGUCUACCUAUCAAGUGAGCAGCAGCCUCAGGGCUGCACACGAAGCACUAACGACUCAGAGUGCCAGCCCCAUGUUUGGAGAGGAGCUGGUCAGUGCGAUAGAAGAGGCCAGGGUUUUCAUGGAGCACGUGAAGGGCUGGGACUUAACGGUGAUUGAAAGGAAGCUGCUCAAGCUGAUUAAUUUCAAAGAGCGUCUGAACGAAAAAACCAAGAACCAUAGUGUCUGGGUCAACGUGUGCCUGUCGGACAAAGCUCUGCAGGAGUUCCUGGGGAACAUCGUUGAGUUUUGCAAGAGCUCACCUCCAGACAACAUCACCUAUAUCAAGUCUCUGCUGAGGUGCCUCCUGGAUCCUUACAUCAACUCUGUCAAGGACUUCCCCAGCUCUUCCUCCAUUAUGCAAUGGAUCUUCCACACUGAGAAAACGCUUCCCGAAACUCCCAAUGUUUCUGAGCUUGACGAUCUCACCAAGACACUGCUGCAGAUGAAGGACUACAUCCAGGAAGUCACCUACGCACCAGAAACCUCUGCAUCUGCUGUUCAUGAAGCAAAGGUAAAAGCCACCUUGACUGCAAGCCUAGCGAUUUACUCCUUGCUCCAGUGUCUCCAGGAAAGGGCACAGAAAGACGUAGAACUGUUGGUGCUCCUAAUUACGACCAGCAUGGGGUACCGGGUGGAAAGCAGCACGUUUCAGUACCUCCUUGGAUGUCCAGAAAUUACCUUCAUGACAACUCAAAUGCAAACGGGACAUCAGGAGUAUCUGAAUCUGAAGGAGCAAGACCUUUACAGAGCCCAGGCCCACCUGCUGCUGACGGGUCUGACUGUAACGCCCGAGCAUGAAGCGGUGUCCCCGGAGCAGAAGAAGGAGCGAUUAGUUUUCAUGGAAGAUCACAUGAAAAACUUAUGGUCCACAGAGAUAACAACUCUCCUCGAAAAGCACCGUGCACUCAAAGACUGGGAGAUGCUGGAAAGUGGCUUACAGUCCCUCAUCAGUGGGCACCUGGAUGACACCUGUGAUGAAGCGAAGAAAGACAUCAUAACCAAAGACAUGGAAGACACUUUUCAAAGAGUAGAGCCUUCCAGUCAGCCCAAACCCACACCUGACACCGGCAAAUCCAACGCAGAUCAAGCUGUUGCAAACCAAGACUUCCUCCACUUACUCAAGCGCCUUGGACUAGAAAAUCACUAUCCCAAAAAGAUGGGGAUAGAAGAUUUCCACAUCAUAUACAAGACGUCCUUACACGACAGCCAGCCCAGCAAGGACAAUGAACUACCGUUUUACUUCUUGCAAAAGCUAUUAACGGUGGACUAUCGGGUGAGGUACCUGACUUGCAAGGAGGAGAACAACCCAGGACCCACACCCGGGCCAAACCCCACAGAGCAAGAACAGGAAACCUCAGAUUCCUUUGAGGACUUUUUCACUGAUUUGGAUAAAGCCCGCAGACCUGCACCCAGGGAGAGCCGUGUGCACCCCAUGGACCUCCAGAUGGCAAUUUUUCAUUGUGCCGACGAUUUCAUGAGACAGUACAUGUUGACAAAGCUUGCUUUCUGCCAAUUUGCGCUCCCUCUGCUGGUACCGAACCCCUGCACUUCACAGAUCGAGCUGCCCAUCUGGUCCCUCAGCCAAAUCAAAAAGAGCUGGAAAGGGGCUGAGAAGUCGGGAACGCGGGGGACGAUUAAGAGUCACAAAAACAAACUCAUCUACCAGGCAGAGACGCCCAUCGUGUCCUUCAUCCGCAUCGGCAGUUCUCCCUCCUCUUCCAAGUCUCAGAUCCUGAAUGCUCUGCUGAGCAAACAAAAGCACGACACUUUCUUCCACCGGCACUGCAAAGGCAGCACCAAAGACUGUCUGCUGAUGAAAGGGGUGGUGGAGAUCUCCUGGUACUGUCCCCGGGGCAGCGACGACGACAGCUUUGGCUGCUGCGUGGCUUUCUGCAACCUGCACGGAGACGCGAGGGACCACAAAGAGCAGCUGCAGUUUUUGCAGGAGAUAUCUGCUGUGAACGUGGCUUUUGUGUCCGAGUCUGACCAGAGCGACAGGAGAACCAUGACAAUUUUGCGUGACCUGUGGCAGUCGCAGAGGCCUUUGGUUUGUCUUUUCACUGAAAAGGAGAAUGUGGCAGCUGGCCGAUCCAGCCAGAACGUCAAAAUAGGUAUGAAGAACAGAAACGAGGCAGAAUUGAUGGAGGAGCUGAGCAAAACCAUCAGGGAUCUCCUGGAAAAGUCUAACACCCUUUUCAGCCUCGACGCCUGCCUGGACAGAGCCCGCAAGCACGGCUUCGUAGUCGAUGAGGAUACCGACGCGUGUGUGACAGCCAAAGGAAAGGCUGAGGCGCUGGUGAAGCUCCUGAAGGAAAAGAAGUUGUUUGAGAUCAAAUCCCAGCUGCUGCCUCUUCAGGGAAAACUGUGGUACAUGUGGUGUAAAAAGGACAAGGAGCUCACUCGCCUGCAGGAAAAGGGGAACAAGAGCAUCGAGCACCAUCGGAGCCAAAUUGAGUCAGAGAAGUCAGCCAUAAGAAGAAAGCAGCUGGACAAAGCGUUCCCCCUCAACCAGCUGAUGAAAUCGGUCCUUGAUUUUCUCCAGUCGCAGCCAGCAGACAGCAAGAAAUACUUCCUGCAGUGGAUGAAGGUCUUUAUGGACGACCUGUCCUCCGACCGCCUCGACGAACUGAGGAGGCAGUAUCACCAGUUAUGGUCUGAGAUCCUGGCAAUAAAGAAAAACAGCGAAAAAAAUGAUAUGAAUCCUGUGCUGAUGAGUGAGUUAGAAGCCCUCUCCAAUGAGAUCAACGAUUCCUCCAUUGGCCUCGAGCAUAUCUUGAGAGAGGUAGGGCAGAUCUAUGAAGCUCUGGAAUCAACUAAAUCAAACAAUGAAUAUUUCAACAAACUGCCUGAAAUUGCAGUUGAUCUGAUGGUUUCGGGGUAUCCCAUCGAGCUGAUGGAUGGGGAUGCUUCUUACGUACCACUGCGAUGGGUCAGGGCAAUCUUUGACAGUUUAAUCGAGGAGCUUGGAGACAAGCGAGUGUUCGUUCUCUCGGUGCUGGGCAUCCAGAGCACAGGGAAGUCAACCCUGUUGAACGCCAUGUUUGGGCUUCAGUUUAAUGUCAGCGCAGGGAGAUGCACCCGGGGAGCGUUUAUGCAGCUAAUUAAAGUGGACGAGAAGCUGCAGCAGGAGGUGGACUUCGAUUACAUGCUCGUUGUUGACACAGAGGGACUGCGCGCCAUCGAGUUGGCCAAUAAACAGUCCCUGAAUCACGACAACGAGCUGGCCACCUUUGUCAUUGGCAUCGGCAACAUGACUCUCAUCAAUAUCUUUGGAGAAAAUCCUUCAGAAAUGCAAGAUGUCCUUCAGAUCGCCGUGCAGGCUUUCCUGAAGAUGAAGCAGGUACAUCUUUCCCCGAGCUGCCUCUUUGUACACCAAAAGUUGGGAGAAGUAAUUGCCAAGGAGCAGAACAUGGAAGGACAAAGGCGUCUGCAGGAAAAGCUGGAUGAAAUGACUCUGAUCGCUGCCCAGCAGGAAUUCUGUGAUGUCUCCUGCUUCAGCGACGUCAUCCGCUUUGACGUCAACACCCACAUUCAUUACUUUGCUCACCUGUGGGAAGGAAACCCCCCAAUGGCACCGCCCAACCCCACCUACAGCCAGAACGUCCAGGAAUUAAAGAGCAAAAUCCUCCAGGCUGCCAAGAAGGAGGCACAGGGCAGCGUUUUGAGGUUCUCCAGCUUGAAAGAUCGAAUUAGUGACCUCUGGAACGCUUUGCUGAAUGAAAACUUCAUUUUCAGCUUCAAGAACUCAUUGGAGAUCGCUGCAUACAAGAAACUGGAAACCGCCUUCAGUAAGUGGACCUGGGAUCUGAGGAGCCACUUCUUAGACUUGCAAAUGAAACUGGACAAAAAAAUUUGGAAAGGGGACUUGCAGAAGGUCACCACAGACCACCUUGAAAAACAAGUGCAAGAGACAAGCGAUGCCAUCCUGAAAGACAUGGAAAAGUAUUUCAGUGAAGACAGAGACUGUGAGAUCCUGGUCCAGUGGAAGAGCAGCUCGGAACUGAAGCUGAAAGAACUGAAAGAAUCUCUUCUUCUCGAAACGAGGAAGAAGUGUGAGAAUCUUAUUGAACUGAGGAAGAACCAGUCUAAACUGGAUGAAAGGAAGUCAGAAUAUGAGAACGAGCUCCUGAAAAAGAACAGGGAGUCGGCUCUGUCCCUAAAAGGUCAGAAGUUGAGCGAAAAAGAACUGAGAGACAAAUUUAUUUGUCUCUGGGCAGACUGGAUUUCUGAAGUCUCCUCUGCUGCUCCCCCUCUUGAAGAGGUUGAUAUCGAUGUGGACAUAGAAGCUUUCUUUACCUGUUUCCAGAUUUCCUGCCAAGGAGCCACUUCUGUCACAACAUUUGCCAUUUUCCUGUGUGACAAGAUUGCCCCAGCUCUCCGGCAGGCGGUCUAUGAGAGGACAGCUCUUGCCAUAGCUCGAGACAUGAAGGCUAAAGUCCCAGAUUUCAGGGGCAACAGGGCCUCCCUGGAAGUUUGCCUGCUGAGGUACCUGGCAGAAGAAGAAGACUUUGAGAUGUUCGAGACCUACCUUAGUAGCCCAGAAGAUUUCUUACAGCUUUACAUUUGGAAGCGUGUUGAUGAGUACUGCUCUGAGAACAGGAGGCUGGAGACGUUGUUAGAGAACUCCCUCACCCUCUGCUACGAAUGCAUCCUCUCAGCUGUUUCUGCAUCAACCAAGGUUGUCAAAGACCGAAUAGACAGAAAUGACAAAAUCUCUCUUUGGCUGGAUGCAUUUUGCCAGGAACUUGGAGAGGUGCUAAGCUUGCCCAGAAGGGACCUGAAGGGCAUCGAGCACCAGGAGGUAACAGACAUAGAGUUCCUGAAUAACGCCAUGACAGAAUCGCUGUCUGCCAUGAAGGACCAGCUCAAGAAGGAGCUCGCUGCUGCUGACAUGAACUCCUUCGAAAUCCAGCCUCAUGAAAUCCUGGCGGAGCAGUUUUCGGGGUGCUGGGAGCAGUGUCCCUUUUGUGGGGCUCUCUGCACAAACACCAUGCCGAACCAUGACGUGGACCAUCAGCUCCUCUCCCAUCGGCCAGAAUUUUUGGGGGGAUACAAGUGGCAUAAGACGGACCAUCUGGUCAUUGAUAUUUGUUCUAGUCUCGUCGCAAGUGACUGUUCAUUCAGGAUCGGUGAAGACAAAUGGAUGCCCUACAAGACAUACCGGGAUGCAGGACCUCCUUAUUCCACUUGGAACAUUCUUCCUGAUACAUCCAUGCAAGUGUACUGGAAAUGGUUUGUGUCUCAUUUCCGGGCAGACCUAGAAAUAUUUUACAAUGGGAAAUUUCAAGGCAAAGGAGCAAUCCCUGAUUCCUGGCAGAGAAUUACAAAGCAGGAAGCACUUGACGAGCUGGAGAAACAGUAGGCCAUGUUGAUAAGAAGGAAGAACCACAACUGC